UAUAUGUCUAAACUUCUUUUACAUUUUACAGACUAUGUAUGUACUGCUAAAGAGCAAAUCAGAGCAAGAACGCAAGCUGCUAUCUUCACUAGUUAACAAACUUGGAGAUCCUCAAAAUAAGGGUGCAUCAAAUGCUGACUUUUACUUAUCAAACCUUCUAUCUGAUCACCCUAAUAUGAAGGCUGUGGUUAUUGACGAAGUGGAUACUUUUCUUUUUCGGCCUCAUUUAGGACUACGUGCAAAGUACCAUGCUAUCAAUUUUUUGAGCCAAAUUCGUUUGAGUCAAAAAGGAGAUGGACCAAAGGUGGCAAAACGUUUGAUAGAUGUAUACUUUGCACUUUUUAAGGUGCUGAUUACUGAGGCAGGUAGAAGUGUGCAGCUGGAUAACAAAAGCAAGAAAGCAGUAAAAAUUACUUCGAGUUCUAGGGAGAACAAACUAAAAGGUAGUGGAGAAUCUCAUGUUGAAUUGGAUUCAAGACUUCUGUCAGUUCUCCUAACGGGAAUUAAUAGAGCAUUUCCUUAUGUUUCAAGCAAUGAAGCUGAUGACAUAAUUGAUAUGCAAACACCAAUGCUCUUCCAACUGGUUCAUUCCAAGAAUUUCAAUGUAGGAGUUCAAGCAUUAAUGCUUCUUGAUAAAAUCUCAUCUAAGAAUCAGGUUGUCAGUGAUCGAUUUUACAGGGCCUUGUACUCAAAACUCUUACUUCCUACUUCUAUGAAUUCCUCUAAGGCAGAAAUGUUUAUUGGACUUCUUUUGAGAGCCAUGAAAUGUGAUGUCAAUUUGAAACGUGUGUCUGCCUUCUCGAAACGUGUAUUGCAGGUUGCACUUCAACAACCACCCCAAUAUGCUUGUGGAUGCCUUUUUCUUAUCUCAGAAGUUCUCAAAGCAAGGCCACAGUUAUGGAAUAUGGUGCUCCAGAAUGAGUCACUUGAUGAAGAUCUUGAACAUUUUGAAGAUAUUGUAGAGGAAACUGAUACUGAACCUAGCUGUGCAUCAAAGAAAGAAGAAAAUAGUGCUGAUGUUCAUGGUGGUGAAGGUGCCAACUCUGAUAGUGAUUGUUCAGAAGAUGAAGAUGUCUUACCAACCAAUUAUUCUGAUGAUGAUGGUUCUGAUGAUGCGGAUGAGUUGUUUAUAAGAGAGAGUCCAAAUGAUCUUCAGAAACCCAAAAUGAUAUCUAAUCAAAAAGUGCUAAAACCUCAAAUAUCUUCUACUCAGUCUUUCUUGCCCGGAGGAUACAAUCCAAGGCACAGGGAACCUUCUUACAGCAAUGCAGAUCGUGCAAGCUGGUGGGAGCUGAUGGUACUUUCAACACAUGUUCACCCCUCAGUUGCCACCAUGGCUGCGACUCUUCUUUCUGGGGCCAAUAUCGUUUACAAUGGAAACCCAUUGAACGACCUAUCACUUACCGCUUUUCUAGACAAGUUUAUGGAGAAGAAACCAAAAGCAAGCUCAUGGCAUGGUGGAUCCCAAAUUGAACCUGCCAAGAAGCUUGAUAUGAGCAACCAUUUGAUUGGACACGAGAUUUUGUCGUUAGCUGAAACAGAUGUGCCCCCAGAAGAUCUUGUCUUUCACAAAUUUUAUAUGAAUAAAAUGAAUUCCUCAAAGAAACCAAAGAAGAAGAAGAAGAAGAAAGGCGCUGAGGAAGAAGCUGCUGAAGAAUUGUUUGAUGUGGAUGAUGAUUAUGUCGAUGGUGGUGAUGAAAGUGAUAACGAAGAGAUUGAGAGUAUGUUGGACUCGGCCAAUCCUUCUCUAGAUGCAGACGGGGACUAUGAUUAUGAAGAUCUAGACCAAGUUGCCGAUGAAGACGAUGAUGAUUUGAUUGGUGAUGCCAGUGAUGCAGAGAUGGACAUAGCCUCUGAUGAUGCUGAUGGAGAAGAUUUUGUUUCCGGCAGCGGCGAUGGUGGGAUUGAUGAUGAUGAUGAUGCCAUUGACAUUGGAAAUGGAGAUGAUUUUAGCGAUGAUGAGGACGAGUUUAAUCCAAGAAAAAGGAAACGAAAUUCAGAAAAACCCUUUUUUCUUCUUUCAUAG